GCUUAUGCAGCUGUCGUUUUGAACGCAAGUUUUCGACGGCGCUAUGAGGACUUUAAUUAUCAGAAAUCUUUCGGACAUCUUUUGAGUAAUAUGCAUUCCGACGCUGCUUUCGUCAGUCUAUGCAUUCUUAUCACAAAUGGUGUGUUUGAUGUUAAAACAGAUGAAGUGAAGUCAGUCACAGUGCUGGAGGGAGAUUCUGUCACUUUACACACCGAUGUUAAAGUACAGAGAGAUGAUCAGAUACGGUGGACGUUUGGACCUCAAAACACUCGAAUAGCUGAAAUCAUUAAAAGGGACCAAAUAAACUUUAUUUUUGUCAGUAAUGAUGGGAGAUUCAGAGACAAACUACUGAUGGACAAUCAAACUGGAUCUCUGACCAUCAGAAACAUCAGAUCUGAUCACACUGGACUUUAUAAACUGACCGUCAUCAUUAGUGGAGAAACCUCAUUGAAGAGCUUCAGUGUUACUGUGUAUGCUCCUCUUUCCACUCCUGUCAUCUCCAGUAACUCUUCAAACUGUUCUUCAUCAUCUGAAAGAUCAUCAGUGUCCAGAUGUUCACUGCUGUGUUCAGUGUUGAAUGUGAGUCAUGUGACUCUCUCCUGGUUCAAGGGAAACAGUUUAUUGUCCAACAUCAGUGUGUCUGAUCUCAGCAUCAGUCUCUCUCUACCUCUGGAGGUGGAAUAUCAGGGUACAAACACCUACAGCUGUGUGCUCAAUAAUCCCAUCAGCAACCAGACUCAACAUCUGGACAUCACUCAACUCUGUCAGACAUGUGCAGCUCCUCUUCCCAUUCCUGUCAUCACCAGAGGCACUUCAAACUGUUCUUCAUCAUCAUCAUCAGGAUCAUCAGUGUCUAAAUGUUCACUGCUGUGUUCAGUGUUGAAUGUGAGUGAUGUGACUCUCUCCUGGUACAAAGGAAACAGUUUAUUGUCCAGCAUCAGUGUGUCUGAUCUCAGCAUCAGUCUCUCUCUACCUCUGGAGGUGGAAUAUCAGGAGAAAAACACCUACAGCUGUGUGCUCAGCAAUCCCAUCAGCAACCAGACCAGACAUCUGGACAUCAGUCAACUCUGUCAGCCAUGUAUUGCUUUCCAAGACAUGUUAAUGAGUUGA